GCGCGCGACUUCCGAAGUCGUCGCCGCCCGUCGCCGCCCUCGCCAUGGCCAUCUGCUGCAAGAAAACCGGGAAUGAAGAGCCGGAGGGGCUCAUCACGAACCGCCGAUGCACGGACGUCCUCUUCCUCCUCAUCUUCUCCGCGUUCAUGGUGGGCAUGGUGAUCGUGGGAUACACCGCCUUCACCGAGGGCGACCCCAACCUGCUCGCCUACGGCAUCGACUCCUCCGCGUACCUGUGCGGCACGAAGGCGUCGAAAACGUGGACGUCCGACGCCGCCGCGAGCGCGGCGCCGGACUUCUCUACGAGGAAGUACCUGCACUGGUCCAGGGUGCAGGACUACGGACCGAACAUGGCGUCGGCGCAGUCGGUGUGCGUCGAGUCGUGUCCCGUCGCGACCAUCACCACCGAGGGGUCCACCUCGCUCACGCAGUCCUCGCAGACGUACACGUGCCAGUACUAUAUCAAGAGCAGCGUGGCCGGCACGCUCAGCGGCGUCGGGGACUGGGACGUGAACUACUACGCGAAGCUCGCGUCGGCGCAGCAGACGACGUCGAACAACGGGGAGGGGCCGUGUUAUCCCAACUUUUUCGUGUACACGCCGAUCCUGAAUCGAUGCGUCCCGGUGCCCUCCGACGCGAUGUACACCGCGCUCGAGACAUCUUCACCGAGCGCGUUUGGUGGUUCCUCCGGAUUGUCGGUCUCCAUUCUGAAGGCGCUCAUCAACGCGCUCGACACCGGAAGCGGCGGCGUCAGCGACUACAUCGAAGACGUGUACAAGGCGUGGAUGGCGAUCGUCGUGUGCGGCUUCGUGUGCGGCCUCGUCUGCUCGUGCUUGUGGAUCACGUUCAUUCGGUACUUCGCCGGGGUCAUGGCGUGGAUGACCAUCUUCUCUAUCAACGCGAUCCUGUGGCUCGUGACGCUUUUCUGCGCGAUGCGCGGCGGCCUCAUCGGCUCUGACUCCGUCGGAGUGGAGAGCGACGUCGACGACUCGGCGAAGGAUAACCAAGACGUCUUCGUCGGCCUCACGUACGGCCUGUUGGUGAUAUGCGCGAUCGUCUUCGUCUUCACGCUGCUCAUGAUCCGCCGCAUCUUGAUCGCGGUCGCGGUCCUCAAGGUGGCGGCGCAGGCGAUGUCCGAGAUGCCGCUCAUCCUCCUCACCCCCAUCAUCCCUUUUUUCAUGAACGUCGUGUUCAUGGGGUUCGUCGUCAUGACGAUGGCGUUUCUGUACGCCAGCGGCGAAAUAAAGAAGGACGCGAGCACGGGGCAGGGCUCCGUGGAGUUCAACGAGACGCUGCAGUACAUGAUGACGUACACUCUGUUCGGCAUGCUCUGGGGCUUGCAAUUCAUCGCCGGCGUCGGGCUGAUGACCACCGCCGGGUCCAUCGCUUCGUACUACUGGCAGAGGGACGACAUGCCGCGAUCGCCGAUCAAGACCGCGAUCAAGCGCACGUGGCGAUACCACGUCGGGUCGAUCGCGCUCGGCUCGUUCAUCGUCGCGGUGGUUCAAUUCGUGCGCCUCAUCCUGGAAUACAUCAACCGAAAGACGAAGAACGCGCAGGAGGGGAGCGCGGUGCUCAAGUACUUCAUGUGCUGCGCUCGAUACUGCAUGUGGUACCUCGAGCGCGUCUUGAAGUACAUCAACCGGAACGCGUACAUCCUCGUCGCGGUCAAGGGGUACUCGUUCUGCUUCUCCGCCAUCUCCGCGGUCAAGCUGCUCAUCUUGAACGCCAUGCGCGUCGCCACGGUGAACGUCAUCGGCGACUUUCUCACCGCGCUCGGGAAGCUCGUCGUCGCCGGCACGUGCACGUUCAUCGGGUUCUUGUACCUGGACCAGGACCAGUACACGGACCCGACGUCGGACUCGUACAUCUCGUCGCCGGUGCUGCCGCUCAUCUUCAUCGCGUUGAUCGCCUUCUUCCUCGCGGACAUUUUCCUCGGACUGUACGAGAUGGCCAUCGAUACCAUCUUGCUGUCGUUUUGCGAAGACUGCGGGACGGCCAACGGGCCCAACUUCGCGCCGCCACUUCUGAUGUCCGCGCUCGGGAAGUCGCUUCCCGCGAAGAAGGGGAAGAAGGUGAAGCCCGCGUACGACGACGACGACGAUUGAUUGAGGGGAGUAACUUAUACAGUAUGCUCGAGGGCAGCGCUAAUUACCUUGUACAAAGUACUUUCGUACGAAGCCGAUAACAUACAGUAUGCUUCAAACG